AUGCUCCUCGCCGAAGUUCGCAAUAUCCAGGGAAGAUAUAUUCCCCGGAAGAUUCGUUUAGAUGACCACAUUGGAAACACUGACGGCUGGUUCAUCUGGGGUGGAUCCAACUUCUCUAAUUCUGCAAGAAACGUUACACUGGAGGAAACCCCAUGGGGCCCCAAACUCUGCGCCGAUCUACCGAUGAUCAAUGGUGGCUCUCGAGGCCGUCAAGGCAUGAUGUUGUCCGAUAAGAUUAGGAAUAAUGAUGGACAUCUCAAGUUCCUGGGACCUUGA